AUGAUUUUAUUUAAGCAAAUUAUUGCAUUUUUAUUUCCUUUACUAGUAUUGAGUCGUAUUGUUUUUGAUAAACCAUCAAAAUGGAACAAUCCACCAGGUUGGCCAGCAGUGAAAAUUCGUUUAACAAAAUUCGGUGCUGAACAUGUAAAAUCAGUUGGUGUAAAAAUUUUAAAUGAAGAAAUUCCAAAAUUAAGUGGCUUUCAAACUCAACAUUCCUUUUAUGAACAUGGUAUAACAGGCACAGUGCAACUUUAUGACGUAAAUGUGUUGGGUUAUUCACCACCUGAAUAUACAUCAAUUGACUUGGCUCCACCGUCUUACGUGAUUCUACAGCUAGACGGGAUGGGUAUCACUUUAGCUGGACGAUUCAGUGGUAUGGUAGCAUUAUUACCAAUCACAGGCUCUGUCAUCGGUGACAUUCGACGAAUGACCGUUCGUUUGAAAAUUCACUUCAGAACAGCGCCUGAUGGUUUAAUGCAAGUUAAGGUUAAUGACUGCUCCACUAUUGUUCCUUACAGCCAUUUUUCCAUUAGUGCUGAUGGGAUACUUAGCGGUUUUGUAAAAACUAUUGAAGCUAUGAUAAAUGAAGCAAUCAAAAAAAAAAUUCCAAGUAUUUUUUGUAACAGCUUGCAGAACGUUAUAGAAGAUAAUUCACCACGUCUUUUUCAAUAUGAAGGUGAUCCUCGCUCAACACCCUUCAAUCCACCAGUAAUGCUUACUACAAAUGAUUCAUCUCGAAUGAUAUACUUUUAUGGUUCAGAAUAUUUAUUCAAUUCACUUCUUUUCCAUGCUUAUGAAGGUGAUCGUAUGAUUGUUGAGAUUGAUGAAUCAGUUCUACCAAAGCCAUAUAAAUCAGUCGUACGAACAAGUUGUGAACGUAAUGAUGUUUCUGUAAAAAACUUUUUAUCUUCACUCUGCUUAGGUACACUUAUACCAGAAUUAGCUAUUCGAUAUCCAAACAUGACGUCAUCAUUUGUUUUAUUACCGCAUCAAGUUCCAGAGUUUGGAUUAUCACGUGGUGUUACUUCAAUUGAUUUAAAAAGUUUGUUUCGUAUAUUUAAUGUAUACUUUUCCGGUCGCAUAUUAAUUUACAUAGAUGAAGGUAAUCGAAAAAAACAAAUUCUGGUAACUGCAGCUGACUUACAAGCAGAUCUUCGUUUACUUGUUGAAAAUGAAAAAUUUGCUGCAGCAUUGAAAUUGAACAAAUUUGAUGUAAGCUUUGUAAUCAAUUUGAAAAAACAGUCUAUGAUUCUUAGACUACAUCGGAGUGCUGUAAGAGGCUUGAACGGUGAUUCCAUUGCUCAACUUGCCCCACUUGCUAAAACUUUUCUUGGCCCUCAGCUGGCUAAAGCUUUGAAAAAGGGCGUUCCAUUUCCACUAAAGGAUUCAGUGGAAUUCAUUGACCCACAAGUGAUUGUUCAUGACAGAUUUAUUGAAGUUGCUACUGAUUUUCGAUUAGGCGAAAAGAAGUUACGUGAAAAAAUUAAAGAAGCAUUCUCUCUAAACUUCUCACAACUCAAAGGAUAA